AUGGCUUGGCGCAUGGAAGGCAGAAUCUGUGUUGUCGAGGCCGGCAACCUCGGCGACAAUGGUGACGAGUCGGCUGUUACCGGCAAGCCCGACCAUACUCCUGUUCCGGGCCCCGACAAGACUGUCCAGCCAAGCGCGCCAAAGAAGCUGAUACUUUGCUUCGAUGGCACAGGCAACACUUUUAGCGGAUCCAAUGCCGACACCAACGUCGUCAAGAUCCUGAACAAGCUGGACCGAAAUGAUCCUCAACAGUUUCAUUACUAUCAGACUGGCAUCGGUACCUACGACACGGACGGAACUUCGGUAGAUCAGACGUGGCUGCAGAGCAUUCGGAGCACGGUAGAGCAGACCCUGGACCAGGGGUUUGGCACCGGCUUUGACUCGCACGUGCUGGCCGGAUACCGCUUCCUGAUGCGGUACUACGGCUCGGGCGACAGGAUUUACAUGUUUGGCUUUAGCCGCGGCGCCUUCACAGCCAAGUUCCUGGCGCGCAUGAUCAACACGGUCGGCCUGCUGUGCAAAGGCAACGAAGAGCUUGUCCCCUUCGCGUACCGUCUCUACCAGCGCUACCUGGCUGGCGAGAUUCAGGAGUUCGGAAAGGGGCACGGCGGCAAGAAAGGCCGCAAGAGAGGGGCCAGGAAUGCGGGCGCCGACGGACAGCAGAUGGAAGUGGCACUGACCAAUGGCGGCCAGGAUGAGUCCGGAGUAGAACACCCUAGGCGCGACGAGAUUGCAGCCUUCAGCAACACGUUCUGCCGCAAGGCGCAGGUCCACCACCACGGCCACGUUGACGAGCAGAACAUCAAGGUCUACUUCCUCGGCAUGUGGGACUGCGUGAACUCGGUGGCCGUCCUGGAGCGCAAGACGCCCAAGCCGGUCAAGGUAAGCGGCACAGCACAGUACGUCCGCCACGCCGUCGCCGUCGACGAGCGGCGUGUCAAGUUCAAAGCCGCGCUCUUGGCCCAGGACAUUCGCGCCUCGAUCAGCGAGGACGACUCGGAGGACAUCAAGGAGGUAUGGUUCCCCGGGUGCCACGGCGACGUGGGCGGGGGCUGGCCGGCGGCUGCAGACAACCCUCUCGACACCCAGCACCGCAUGACGAUUUGGCAGCGGCUCAAGAACCUGUCGACGACGCGCAAGGCGCACAAGGCCAGCAAGUACAUGGACUCGGGCCCCUUCCAGAUGAGCGACAUCCCGCUGGCCUGGAUGAUGCGCGAGGUCGAGCUCGUGGGCCAGCAGGACCCGUCGGCCGCCGUCAAAUGGCGCGGCGAUCUCGUCGACCGCUUCAAGCGCCGUUUCCAGAAGAAGAAGUCGCAGGCACUCGGUGGCUUCAUUCACGACUCGCUACGCUUUGGCUACGGCACGGGCUUCUUCAAGGUGCUGCUGUGGAAGUUUCUCGAAUGGCUCCCGUUGAUUACGCGGUGGGAACUUGAGGACGACGACUGGGUCAACGUGCGCUUCCCGCUCAACAAAGGCGCCGCGCGCGACAUCCCCGCCGACGCUGUGUUGCACGAGUCGCUGAUCUGGCGGCUGCGCAACGAUGCCAGCUACCACCCCAGCAACAACCAUGGCGGGAGGUCGGCGGCCUGCCUCAAGCACGAGGAGCGUGUCGCCGACAUCAGCCCCGUCACGGACACAACACCGCCAGACCCCGACCACCAAACUUACACGUUUACCAAGACUAGCACUGCUGGCUAG